CUUGUGCAGACUGAAGGUAUAAAUACCAGUACGAGGAACAACUAAAAAACCAUUAUAAAUAUUCACUUCAACGAUGAGAUUGUGCCUUCUUGUGCUGAGCUGCGUGAUUGCUGCCAGCGCCUGGCCGGUCGACCACCUUUCGGUUCGAGUUCAUGGCAUCAAUGGAUGGUUUGUCCCUCAAAGGGAUGGUGGCCUAAAGUGGAUUGGUAAAGCGGAGGCGGAGCGCGAAAUGAAAUACUUGGAGACGCUGGAAGGUCGCCUGUCCACCAACACGGUUAACUUCUACCUAUACACGCAGCAGAAUCCUAGCACUGGACAGCAGAUCAAGGCUACCCAGGCCUCCAUCGAUGCCUCUAACUUCAAUCCCAAAAAUCCAACCAGAAUUACCAUUCACGGCUGGAACUCGAAUUACAAGGAUGGGGUGAACACCAGGAUAGCCGACGCCUGGUUCCAGUACGGAGACUACAACAUGAUUGCAGUGGACUGGGCGCGUGGACGUUCCUUGGAGUACGCUACCUCUGUAGCCGGAGCCCCGGGAGCUGGCAAAAAGAUAGCCGCACUUGUGGAUUUCCUUGUGGAGGGAUACGGCAUGCGCCUGGACACUCUGGAAAUUGUGGGCUUCAGUUUGGGCGCCCACGUUGCAGGACACACCGCCAAGCAGGUGGCUUCUGGCAUCGUGGGAAAAGUCGUGGGUUUGGAUCCGGCCUCCCCGCUCAUCAGUUACUCGAACACUGAAAAACGUCUGUCCCGCGAUGAUGCCUUAUAUGUGGAGUCAGUACACACAAACGGUGCAGUUUUGGGCUUUAGCCAGCCAAUUGGAAAAGCUGCCUUCUACAUGAACGGAGGCAGAUCCCAGCCAGGUUGUGGUAUCGAUAUAACCGGCAGUUGCUCACACACCAAAUCAGUUCUUUAUUACGUGGAGGCGCUGCUGUGGAACAACUUCCCUUCGAAGAAGUGCGCAUCCUACUUGGACGCCAACAAGAACAGCUGUGGCGAUACGUACAGUUCAGUAUUGAUGGGUGAUGCCGUAAACUUCUUUGUCGCAGAGGGUAUCUUCUAUGUGCCGGUAAACAAGGAUUCCCCCUACGGGUUUGGAGAGGUGAGCAGUGGCGGAGAGGUUACAACAGCUGCUCCUGCAGUUACUUCUACUGUCGAUGGUGAGGAUGAAUCGACGACAGAGGUCUCCCCAUCGACGACCACAGAUAAGCCAGAGGAGGCGACAACUGAUGAACCCGAAGAGGAUUCCACAACAAUCAAAACUCCCGAAGACUCCUCUACUACAACCGAAAAACCAGAGGAGUCCUCUACUACAACCGAAGCACCAGAAGUUUCAACUACGGAAGCCUCAGAAGUCGAAACUACCACCACUACUUCAAAAGAUGAAGAAGUGGAAUCGACUACUGAAGGGCCCGAAGAGGUGACUACUACUACUAAGGCUCCCGAGGACCCCGAAGUGACCACCACUACACCUAAUGAUAUUGAGGAUACGACUACUGAAGAUCCCCAAGAAGGAACCGAGGACUCGACCACCGCAGCUCCUGAAGAAGUCGAAUCGACGACUGAAGGGCCCGAAGAGGACACGACUACUGAAGAUCCCCAAGAAGGAACCGAGGACUCGACCACCGCAGCUCCUGAAGAAGUGGAAUCGACGACUGAAGGGCCCGAAGAGGUGUCUACUACUACUACCCCUAACGAUAUUGAGGACACGACUACUGAAGAGCCCCAGGAUGGAACCGAGGACUCGACCACCGCAGCUCCUGAAGAGACUACAACGACCGAGAAACCCGAAGAACCUUCCACUACAACCGAAGAACCCGAGGAGUCCACUACUGAAGUUUCCGAGGAGUCUACAACAGAAGAGCCCGAAAACAAUCCUACAUCAACCGAAAAUCCUGAGGAGACGUCUACAACGACCGCAGAACAGGAAGUAUCGACUACCGUUGAACCGGAUGUUGAUAGUACUGUGGAUCCAGAAGGUGACCAAUCGACAACGGAGGACCUCGAGAAUGAAUCCACAACCGCUGUUCCCACGGAGCUUCCGGCGACCCCAACCACGAUUUCCACUGAGCUUCCUUGGACGACAACCACAGUUCCCUCUGAGAUUCCUUCGACUACUGGGGUUCCUCCCGAAGCUCCCAUCACCACCCUGGCUCCGGAAGUUCCCUCAACACCGCCACCGAAAGAUGGAAACACCAAGAACAUCUUCAUUUUUAACGUGUUUUUGGUGAAUGUAAAGAUUGAAAACAAAAGUGAAAAAUAA